AUGCAUCUCGUCAAGCCGCUAUGGUUGACCCAUCCAGGUGAACUCAAGGACUUCGAAGUAUACAGCUGUCAUGUCUCUCCAGACGGGAGCCGCCUGGUCACGGCCGCCGGAGAUGGACAUGUUCGAAUAUGGUCAACCGAAUCUAUCUUCAAUUCUAUGAACCCAGAAUACUCGAAGCCCAAGCAACUUGCCGCCGUUAGCCACCACUCUGGCACCAUUCAUACUGUUCGGUUUUCGGGGAAUAAUAAGUACCUGGCUUCAGGUGCGGAUGACAAGAUCGUUUGGUCCAACGAACCUCCCCCCGUGGAAAACUGGAGGGUGAUGCGCCGCCUCAUUGGCCAUGACAACGACGUGCAGGAUUUGGGCUGGUCUUACGAUUCGUCAAUACUGGUGUCUGUCGGCUUGGACUCGAAGGUGGUGGUCUGGUCAGGGCAUACUUUCGAGAAGUUAAAGACGCUGUCAAACCACCAGAGUCACGUCAAGGGCAUCAGCUUUGAUCCCGCGAACAAAUACUUUGCUACAGCUAGCGAUGAUCGAACUAUCAAAGUCUUCCGGUUCACCUCGCCUCCUCCCAAUGCCACAGCUCAGGAUCAGGUCAAUAAUUUCAUGCUCGAGCACACAAUCUCGGGCCCGUUCGUUGCGUCGCCGCUUACAACGUACUUUCGACGAUUAUCAUGGUCACCGGAUGGAAACCACAUCGCCGCUUCGAAUGCGGUGAACGGUCCGGUCAGCUCUGUUGCGAUCAUUGCGCGAGGAUCCUGGGACAGCGAUAUAAACUUGAUUGGACAUGAAGGUCCUGUGGAAGUAUGUGCGUUCUCUCCGAGGAUGUUCUACCGGGAGCCUCUGGCACAGGAACAUCUUGAUAGCAACGGAAAUCCGACAUUACCUUCAGUUACGGUAGUAGCAUGCGCGGGCCAGGACAAGACGCUGAGUAUCUGGAAUACAAGCUUCGCAAGGCCGUUUACGGUUACACAAGAGUUGGCGAUGAAAUCUAUAUCCGAUCUAGCCUGGCAUCCGAACGGAGAAACACUUUUUGUUACGAGUCUCGACGGGAGUAUUAUGGCGGUGGUAUUUGAGACUGGGGAGCUAGGAUACCCAGCAUCGAUGGAAGAGAACGACAGAUCGCUAUCGAAAUUUGGUGCUGGUCGAAGAGCUGGCGUGGUUGAAGGCACUGAUGCCCUUCUACUCGAGGAAAGUAGCAAGGCCGGAGAGUUGAAGGGCGUCCAGGGAAGAAUGGGAGCCUUGAUGGGCGACAGCUCGACACAAGCUCCCACAAUUACGAAUGGCACGAACGGCCUGACUACUGCCUUGACGAACGGAUCCGCAUCCGCCGCCGCAAUUGAUCCGCCCAAGGACAACAGAGUCGACAAGCUGAAGCAACGAGUCACUGUGACUAAGGAUGGAAAGAAACGAAUCGCGCCGAUGCUCGUCUCGUCAUCGUCUGGACUUGCUGAAUCUUCUUUGCCACAAACACAGAUGAUUUCGGCUACCACAACAGGCGCUCGAAGUGACAAUCCACACAAUAUCCUGGACCUCUCGAAGCCUUUCGAUGGAUUCCCCAAAGGUGGCUUGGCUUCGCUCCUCAUUGGAAAUAAAAGAAAAUUUGCCGACAUCGAGGGCGAUGAGGACCGGCAAGUGGAAAGGCGGUUGGCUGGUGCUGCAAAAAAUGGCGGCGCUGCAAUCGUCAUCAACAGCGCAGAAGGAUUGGUCCCACCGGCCGCAGCUUUGAGGACUAUCGACAACGAGCCGCCGAAAUACCUUCGGCCUGCGAUUCUCAGCCCUGCCUUAAGCGUUAGCCAAGUCAGACUUGCCGUGCCCAAAGUCCGAAGCGUGAUUGUAAGGACUAUGGAUGGCAGUGAGCCCCCUCACGCGAACGGUAUCGAUGCUACCACGGGCGGUCGAAGUGAGACUGCGAACGAAGAUGCUGUUAUAAUGGAAGCUCGCAAUGCUUCGGGACCGUCAAGGACCCAACGACCUCAGGACAACGAUCCUACAAGAAUAAAUUGUACAAAACGUGGCCAAUCACUCUGGCAAGACUAUCUACCAAAAGCUGUGCUUCUGGUCACAGGUAACACCAAUUUCUGGGCCGCAGCAUGCGAGGAUGGCUCGGUAUACAUCUGGACACCGGCUGGCCGUCGGAUACUGAAUCCUCUCAUCCUAGAAGCACAACCCGUCAUUAUGGACUGCAGAGGCUGGUGGUUGCUGUGCAUAUCAGCGGUCGGCAUGUGCCACGUCUGGAACCUCAAAACAAUGGCCUCGCCCCAUCCCCCCGUCUCACUCGCCCCGGUGCUGGACAUAGCAUCGCACGCCCAAGGGCCCCAUCUCACGCGCUCCCCCGGGAUCAUCUUCGCCCGCCUCAACACCGAAGGCCGCAUCGUCCUCGCCAUGUCCAACGGCGAUGGCUACACCUACUCGCCCACCAUGUACACCUGGCAGCGCAUCUCGGAGCCCUGGUGGGCCGUCGGCAGCCAGUAUUGGAACACGACCGACUCUUCCGUCGGCAACCUCAAGUCCUCGAGCGACCAGGCCAAGACGACAGAGCAAAACGACGCUGUCUCGCCUGAGAACAUCUCCGCGGGUAUCAUACCGCUGCUCGAGCGCAACACGACCAACCACACCCUCGUGCAAGGCCGCGCGUACUACCUCCAGCGCCUCAUCAAAGCGCUCAUCUCGGCGGAGGGUUUUGAGGGCUUCGAGGCUAAUGUGUCCGUCGCUCAUCUCGAGAACCGCGUCGCGGCGGCUAUAGCGCUCGGCGCAAGGGAAGAGUUUAGGAUCUAUUUCCUCAUGUACGCAAAGCGGCUGGGCGCUGAGGGGCUCAAGGGCAAAGUCGAAGAACUACUACGCAGUCUGCUCGGCGACUUCCUAAGCGAGGAGCACGAGGGGGAUGAGGAAGAUGGCGCCGACGAGAAAGAGAAAACGAAAGAGACGGAGGAGUUGGUGUGUGGGUGGAAGCGAGAAGAGCUGCUGAGGGAGGUUGUGCUUAUUCUCGGCAAACAUCGCGACCUCCAGCGCAUCACGGUGCCGUAUGCGAGAUUGCUUGGUAUCGUGAAUGAGCGGCAGGAAGAGCAAAGGAUGAUUACAGAUAUGUAG